AUGGCGGAGAAACUCCUCGCUGAGGUCUGGACUACUUUCUCCAGUGCCCGAGCGAGUUUUUACAUACCAGGUAACUGGGUGCACCAAAAAGUAGAUUUGGUUACCGGAUUCAGUUCUUGCUUUCCGACUCGCUCGUCAGAGCCACCGUCGUACGACCAGCCUCCGCCUCCCUACGACGAUGUGAUCCAUGAUCUUCCACCUGAAUACUCUGCCCUACCUCCCCUCGCGCAGCGCACAUCGACGGCUGUUCCCCUCGUGCCAAAGACUCGUCAAAAAUCGCAUAAUCAGUCCUCCUCGCUGCUGAAAGAUCGCAUGCUGGAUGUACGAAUUGAUUUUGAGAAUCCUAUUGGAGUUCGGGAACAUAAAAAGAAAAAGACCGCGGCUGCAAAGAAAGCAGUGCCGCCUCCUACUCCCCCUCCUCCUCCUCCUCCACCAGCAGGAGGGGAUGACAAUUCCAACGGUGACGGUGAUGCCGGUGGGGGUGGGGGUGAUUCGGGCGACACUGGAGGCGGCGACGGGGGAGAUGGCGGUGACGAUUGGGGCGAUUGGAAUGUGAGCGGAAAGAAGGAUAAAAAGAAGAAAGAGCAAGAAGAGGAAGAGAAAAAAGCCAAGGAAGAGGAAGAGAGACUGGCCAAGGAAGAGGAAGAGAGACUGGCUAGGGAAAAGGAAGAAGAAGAAAGACAAGCUAAGGAGGAGGAAGAGCGAAAAGCUACUGAAGCCGCGGCUGCCAACAAUCUUAGCUGGGCUGAGGAUGACGGUGGUGGGGGUGAUGACUCGUGGGCUGCCUUCACCAAUGUAGGAAAAAGCAAGAAAGGAAAGGGCAAUGUUGCACCCCCUGGUGGGUUCCAGGACAUAAGUCUAGAUGGGGCCGCACCACAAUUGGAUUUGAGCUUGGAUAGUGCGGCUCCUAAGACCGGCGGAACUGGGUUUAGCUUUGGGGGAUGGGGCAAAGACUGGAACACCGGUGGUAGUCUCGAUCCUCUUGGAGAUGCUCCUCCUGAAUCCAAGGACAACAACCCAUGGGGACUACCCAAAAAAGCACCAGCGACUAGCGAUUUCGAUUUCGACUUGGGCUCCGCACCCGCCGAAACCAAGCAAGAAGACAACUGGGCUGGAGGAGGUUGGGACGUAAGCAAAGAUAAGAAGAAGGGCACAGCCGAUCCAGAGCCCGAACCCGAGCCUCCUGCGCCUCCUGCCCCUGCACCCAGAGUCGAUUUCACGCAGGAAGCCUGGUAUCUAGGUCUCUCCAAGAGGGAGCAGCGUAAAGCGAAGAAGGAGAUGGAGAGGAAAUGGAAAGAUGAGGACGAAGCUGCAGUGAAAUUGGCAGAAGAGUUGGCAGCAGCUAAGGCGGCUGAACCUGAACCCGAACCGGAGCCCGAACCUGAACCUGUACCUGAACCCGAACCUGAACCGGUGAUCGAGGAGACUAAACCAGCCGAGGAUAACGACUGGGGUUGGGGUAUCCCAGUGAAGACCAAAGAUAAGAAGAAGAAGAAGAUCGACCUGUUAGCUGAUCCGGAGCCUAUCAUCGACGAGCCACCCAAACCCAAAGAAGCAGUUGACCCCUUUGCCGCUUGGGGGGUUUCAAAGGAUAAGAAGAAAAGCAAAGGCAAAGCCGAGCCCGUCCCUGAACCAGAGCCUGUUCCGGAACCUGAACCCGAACCAGAACCAGAGCCGGAGCCGGAGCCAGAACCAGAACCAGUACCAGAGCCCGAGCCCGAGGCGCCAAAGGUGCCGGAUGAGCCUCUAUACGCAAAUUGGCGCGAGAUAUCGUCUAAGGAACGCAAGAAGCGAGAGAAACAACUGAUGCGCAAGGGCUUGCCUAUUCCUGGCAAGGAUUUUGAGCUCCCAUCUGACAAGCCACCUGAAGAAGUGCCUGAACCGAUUAUUGAACCGGAGCCAGCACCAGAACCAAUACCGGAGCCUGAGCCAGAGCCUGAGCCAGAACCAGAACCCGAACCGGUGCUUGAGCCUGAGCCAGAGCCUGAGCCUGAACCAGAGAAACCAGCUGAAGAAGAUUCUUGGGGAAUCUGGGGGCCAACAAAGGACAAGAAAAAGAAGAAGAAGGGGAAGGAGAUCGAAGAACCUCCUCCACGUGCGCCGACACCACCUUCUCAGGGUCUGAGUCCAGAGCCGGAAGCUUUCCAUGAUAAUACCGAUGAUGUUUGGGCUGAGCUAGCCCCGAAGACCUCUAAGGGCUCAAAGAAGACCACGAAAGCCAUCGAGCCUCCUCCCAAGGAGGAAAAGGCAUCUAAAGGGUUCUGGUCGAGUCUGACUGGGGGAUCUACGAGCAAAACUAAAUCGACAAAGAAAGUGAAGGAGGAGAAGGAACCUGAGAUCAUAGAAGAGGAAGACCUGCUUAUUGAUGUUGAGGAUAACCCCCCAGAGCCUGAACCAGAGCCAGCGCCUGAGCCUGAGCCUGAACCGGAACCUGAGCCUGAGCCUGAGCCUCCUGCCCCCGAAAAGACCAAGUCCAAGUCUUCCAAGCUUAGUGUUGCUGAACGCAUCAAAGCCCUCGAGCAGGCCAAGAAGGACAAGGCAAAGGCAGAAAAAUUAAGCUCGAAGAGCAAAUCCAAGGAAAAGAAGGUCGAACCGGAACCUGAGCCAGAGCCACAGCCUGAACCUCCCGUAGAGGAGCCCGCUCCGACAAAAAAGAGUUCAAAGUUCAAGUCUAAGACAGGAGAGGCUCUUGAGUCUGAAGAAAGGAAAGUUUCCAAGGACUCUAUUCCUGGAAGCUUCCCAGACUUUGGAGAUGAGCCUGACCCUGAACCCGAACCUGAACCUGAGCCAGAACCUGAGCCUGAGCCUGAGCCCGAGCCCGAGCCAGAACCGGAACCGGAACCUGAGCCACCCGCUCCAGAUCUUUCAAAAAUGUCGAAAAAGGAACUCAAGAAAUACAAAAAGGCCGAAGCUGAGAAAGCGGCAGCAGCAGCUGCCGCUGCCGCUGCGGCUCCCAGGGAGCCAACCCCACCACCCGAUGAAACACGUGAACUAGACCCGGAGCCCGAACCAGUAGCAGUGCCAGAGCCAGAGCCAGUGCCAGAGCCUGAAGCUGACCCUGCACCUGCGGACGAACCCGGGCCUGAACCUGGAACUGAGGCUGUGCCUGAGGAGACAGAAAAGGACAAAGGCGCCCCUCCUGUGCCUCCACCGGAGCCUACCGAAGAGCCACCGAAGUCCUCCAAGAAGGAGCGACCACGCCCUGAGCGCACUACAACCACGUCUUCAUGGGGCUUUUGGGGGGCUGCACCGCCUCCAAAGAAGUCGAGUAAGAAGGAAAAGAUCCCGGAGGAAGCAGAAGCUCCAAAGAAGUUGACUAAGAAGGAAAAGCUCCCGGAGGAAGCAGAGCCUCCCAAGAAACUGAGUAAGAAGGAAAAAGUCCAAGAGGAAGUUGAGCCUCCAAGUAAAAAAGAAUCUACUCGGGAGCGUUCUCCUGCAGUGCGGACAAAAUCAACAAAAUCCCGACCCAAAGACCCUGAGCCAGAAGUGGAAAGGUCUUCGUCUGACCGGGAAAAGCGCCGAGAACGAGAGGGGCGGCCAAAGAAUCAACGUGGCGUCGCCUUGGCCAACAUGGUACUGGGUACACCCCAGUCCAAAAGCAAAUCGACUCGCAAACCUGGUUCUUCCUCAAAACCUGUAUCCAGGCGUCCAUCAUUUGACAUGGAUGACAAACCGGAUGCAGCACUGGAUGAGAAGCCUGAGGUUUCUGACAAAGCAGCCAAGCUGAUGGGUAUGGAUCCCUCCAAAUCGCGACGCGAGCGCCCGCGCACGGACAGGCGGAAGUCAGUUCGAGAUCCGUAUGCAAUCGAGGAUGAUGACCUCGUUAUGGUUGAUAUCGAGGAUGCCGAGGGUCACUCACCCAAGGAGAGCUCCAAGGGCUCACGGCGCAAGUCGAAGAGACAGCCGCGGCCCAGGCCUGAUGACGAGGAUGAUGCUGUCCUGGUUGAUCCAUAUCAAGCAUACCCCACCGCAGAAGUUAUGUCAGGGCCCGAAGAUAUGACCUUUGUUGAUGCACCUCCAAGAGAACGCCGUCUGAAGCGCGCCAACACCGCGCCGCCGAAGAAACAAGAGACGGGUGGAUUGAUGGGGCUCCUGGAUUCUUUCAGAAAAACCACACGCCCAGACCGCCCAGAACGCCCAGAGAUGCCUGAAAGACGAAAGUCGCGCUCGUAUCGUGAUGACGAUGCAAGAUAUCCGGCAGAAAUGGAGCGCGACGGCGCUCGCAGAUCGCGCCGCGAAGAGCGACGCCGAGGAUCUGUCCGACCCGACACCGAUGCCGAAGGAUUCAUGACGGACGCCUACGGUGUAGCACCAGGUGGCGACACAGAAGCCGAAGAAGCGGAAGCUCGACGCGCAGCACGACAGGCACGACGGGGAUCCCGGAAGGCACCCUCCGACUCUCGUGAAAACGAAGCUCGGGAAGCAGAGGAACGGCGCGCGAGGCGAAAAGAACGGGCACGCGAACAGCGUGCUCGCGAAGAGGAAGAGGAAGAACGUCUACGAGAGGAAGACCGUCUACGGGAAGAAAAGCGGGCCCGACGCGCUGCACGCGAAGAACGUCGUGCUCGAGAAGAGCAAGCGGCUCGCGAAGCCGAAGCAGCAGAACGCCGCGAGCGCCGGCGAAUGCGCGAAGAGGAGAUGAUGGCCGCGAGAGCGAAUCGUCGUCGUGAACGGGAGCAGAGGAUUCCUUAUGAUAUCUAUCCCGAUGAACGUGAAACAGACCGUCGGGGUGCUCGUAGCUCUCGCGCGUUUGAAGAACCGGCCCCUCGUCGUCGCAAGUCUAAGGUCGCCCCUGAGCCAACUCGGGAGCCGCUCAUGACUGGUGGUUUGAAUCCUGGCCGCGGUGCGAAAGAUAAGAUUUCCUCGUGGGUUUACCAACAGAGUGAUGAGCCUCCGGAGCCACCGGAGAUUGUCCCCACUCUUAUUGAUAUGCCUCCUCUUGCAGCUGAUGACGGAGCCAAUGCCCAUUCUCUUUCGUCGGACGAGGAAGCUCGUCGCGCUCUGCGCCGUAAGGCACGUCGCCGUGCUAAGUAUGAGGAAGAAAUUGAUGAUGCUCGUUCUCGGCAUCGUGGCUCUCGUCGUGAUGGCGUGAAGAGCAGCUCUGGAAGUGGUGAUUAUGAACGUGAUCGUGGGAUGAGGUCCCAGCCGGGGAGCAGACAAGGUGCUCCACCGAGUUCUGGUGCUAAGAAGCCUAGUUGGUUCCGCAAAUUGACGAACCUGUAA